AGGGUUUUUGCCUUCCGUUUCGACUUUAGGAGCCUUUUGACUUCGACUUUACUUGCUUUGUUGCCCUCGUUUUCCAGCCUAUUCGCAAACUUCCAUCAUGCCUAGAUCCAAAUCUACCUCUACUCUUCGUCAGCAGAGGCUGAGUUUUGCUACCUCGAAACGUACUUCUAGCUCUGGAAACAAGAAACCUACUGGGAAUCCAAAAACUGUAGUGCUCGACUCGGUUAACGAAAUUGAUCUAUCGUCUUCCGAGGAUGAAGACGAAGAAGUUCAAAUUGUACGGUCUCCUCACAAGGAUAAGCGGGCUGUCGUUGGGUCAAGUAUCAAGAAUAAAGGGAAAGGGAAAGCUGAUGAGACUGGCCUUGUGGAAGGGGACCCCAAAUGGAAAUCCAUCUAUAGCGCAUAUAAGAAGAAAAGCGAGGUCAAAGAGCCUAUCCAUGGCGAAGAUCAAGACGAUUUCCACGAAAUACUUCGAGUUUUUGAUCUCUCCUACGAGUUUGGUCCGUGUAUUGGUGUCACAAGGUUGGAGCGCUGGGAAAGGGCUUCCAAGAUGGGCCUCAAUCCUCCACCCGAGAUUCAUGACAUUUUGACGACUCGGCAGGGAAGGGACCGUUCCGAUUAUGCGCAAAAUGUCUUCUAUGGUCAGGUGUGAUGACUGUAGAGAUAAUGCGCGCCUUUUCUCUGUUAUGCUUCCAUCCCAGCCUUUGCCCUGCUUCCCUAUGCUCUUCUAGUUUCCACUCCUGCUGUACUAUUACCUUUUGCUUUCGAACCACAUAUCAGUGGCUUUUGUGCUGAAGAUGCAAUUUCAUACUCGUUUGUUCAACAAUGACCCCCGUGGGAGAGAAUG